AUGACGUUACCAUUGUUUGACGAUGAAGCAGCAAGCAAGGAGACGAUUGACAGCCUCCAAGAGUCAGUAAAGGGCAGUGACACAAAGAAUGUUGUAUCUCACUUAGACUCUCCACAGAAUGAUGCAGCAAGCACGGAGGUAACUGAUGAGGUUAAAGGAGGCGAAGACAUACUCAAGGAGGAACAAAACAACAGUGUCACAGAGGAAGCUGGAUAUAACUCUCCACUGAGUGACGCAAUAGACUAUGAAAUCAGAGCGGAGGGAAGUGAGAGCUUCACCACAAGACAUGAAUGUGAUGAAACAAGCUGUGGUGAAUGUGGAACAGGUGAUGAAAUGGGGGCUGUGGGCGGAGCAAGACAGAGGGAGAUACCGACAAAGGGAAUCCUGGCGGUAAAAAUCAUGACCAAAAAAAAGAAAAUACUAAGUGCCAUUCCCGAAAUCUGCCCUGAUAAUAUCAGUUUGCCACCAAAGAAGAAAAACAUCAUCUUCAAUUUCAGUGAGGAGACAGAAGAUCAAAGUAAUGAAAUUCCCCCAAAAAACCAUAUUGACUUUGAUCCGGUGACAACCGUACGAUACUAUGACUCGAAAGAGGGAGACAAUAUCAGUAUUACUAAGGAGCCUGAAAGUACCAUCUCUCCUGGGGAAGAGCUCUUACAGGACAUUGAAGGCAGACUUCAAAAAGACAUUAAGUUCACUCCUAAAAGAGGAGACCAACACCGAUCCUAUUUAAGGCACCACCAGACUGUUAGCAGCAUUGCGGAAACCAAGGAGUGGUAUUUGAGUUCAGAUGACCCCAGAUAUGGUGUACACCAAAGUUAUUCGGAUCCACCGCCAACAGCUACAGAGGUGAUAGAGGAUGACAAACAGGCAACUCAGCAGGAAGAACAGAGAGAAAAUGGAGGAAUCAAACCAGUGGGCCAAACGAUGGAGGAUGUUUUAAUAAAUUACAGUGAUAAUAUGGAGGAAGAGGCAAAUACACCAAUACGCAAUGGGAAGAUGAAGAGAAUCCGGCGCUUUUUUAAACGCCUUUUCUGCUGUACAGCAAGGCUCACCACUUACACAUACUCCAAGGUCAACACACUCGUCUACCUGUCCUUUACCUGUUACCACAUGUUCCUUCCAUGA